CUGGACCGGUGGGUGUUUGGUCCCUUCGGUGCCGCUCCCGGCCCCGGUCCAGGCCCCAGCCCCAGCCCGUCCGGCUUCUUGCAACAACAACAACAACAACGAGGAGGAGGCCGCUUCGCCCAGUCCGGAUUCCCAGCUUUCCAGCAGCCCCGCCAGCCAGCCCGAAGAGGUGGGCAGUGGGGAGACGAGCCCCCGGAGCGAUGCUAGUAUCCCCAGCGAGCAGGAGGAAGCGAAAGAUGAAGAAGGCAGCGGAGAAGAGGAAACAACCACUACUGAGGAGCUGGAACAAUUUGCUAAGGAACUGAAACACAAAAGAAUUACUCUGGGCUUCACUCAGGCAGACGUGGGAAUGGCCCUGGGUUUACUCUAUGCAGGGAAGAUGUUUAGUCAAACCACCAUCUGCCGCUUCGAAGCUUUGCAACUCAGCUUCAAGAACAUGUGUAAGCUGAAGCCCCUUCUUCAGCGUUGGCUUCAAGAGGCUGACAGUAACGAGAAUUUGCAGGAGCAACUGUGCUCCAUGGAGUCGGCCAUGAUCCAGGCUCGGAAACGCAAGCGCACCAGCAUUGAGAACAACGUGCGGGGUUCACUCGAGUCGUACUUUCUGCGCUGCCCCAAGCCUAACCUGCAGGAGAUAUCACAGAUUGCUGAUGACCUCUGCCUGGAGAAGGAUGUAGUACGCGUCUGGUUUUGCAACCGCCGUCAGAAGGGCAAGCGCAACCCAGGAGCUGGGUCUCGGGAUGAGUCCGAUGGUCCUAUUCUACCUCAAGCUUGUCCUCAUGGGCCACUCCAAGCUCCGCCCCACGGUCUUGGCACCGUCCAUCCCCAGCUGCCUCCACCUCCCCAGGGCUACAACACGGCUGCCUUUGCUGCUGUUUACGUGCCCCAGUUCCACGAAGGAGAAGUUUUUAUCGCUCCGGCCUCGACCUCGGCUGUGAUGGGCCACCCGAUGCAUUCCACCUGAGCAGCCUGUCUAGCAAAUCUCUUGUCUUCAUUUUUAAUCUCGGGGAGGUCCUCCGGCCAUUUUCUUUUCCUGUUUCUUAGAUUUGUUUUCCUUUAGGGAAAGGAAGGGCUCAAAGCUUAGGCUUUUGGCCACCUGUUACACUCAGGGGUACAAAGUUUCUUGGUAAGGCUUUUUUCUAAUCAGGGUUUAAAAAAAGAUUUUUGCCAAUGAUUUUUUUAAUUCAUAUAUAUAUUGAGAAAGGGAAAAGCUGCUUCUAAAAGCCGCUUUCAUUUCCAACCGUUUUUUGGUCUCUCAUAGGAUCCAUAAUAGCUGGUCUUUAUUUAGUUUGGCAUGCAUCCAUAUUUACCCACCCCCAAAUCCAGAUGCUUUUUUCCCUUAAAGGACCAAGCAGAUUUUGGGGGACAUAAUUGGGUAUCAUUCCCACUUUUAAUAAUGAGACGGUAUGGCUUAUAAAGGCUUAAAAAUGGGCUUUGUUCUCGUAACUAUCCAACACAAAGCCAAGUGAUUUUGAGGUGAAUGUCUUGGUGAACUUCAACAUAUCACACAGCGAUGUCGUUUUUCUUUGUGGGACGCAAACUCCCCUGCAGGUAGAAAGGACUUGGGUUUUCAUUUUUCCCCCUCUUUUUUUCUCUCCCUCCCCAUCCUAUCAUUUAAUAUAAAAUUUCUUUGAGGGGUGACCUAUGUCAAAGCAUUCUUGUGUCCGAAUGGCUCUGAUCCAACCAAGAAAAGUCUUUAAAAGGUUACUGAAAUCUUGGUUUCGUUCUUCGUCCAUCCCACCACCCCAAGAUGGAGAGAUCUUAGUGGUGUCCCCAGAAACAUUCUCCUUUUGGCCUUGACUGCCAUUACAGUCCUCAAAAAUCAGAUUUUAAGACGAUGCCCUUUUCUCCCUAAGUACACACAAGAGGCUGGAUACCCAUCUCUGAAGUCCAUCAUCUUUUAAAGACACGACGACGCAUGGUAUGAGAUAUAUUUUGAGCAGGAUAUUCUUUCAAAGGACCAGAUGUCCCAUUUUUCCUUCCCUGCCCUGCUACAAAUUCAAAAACGGGCCAGCACAUCAAAAUCAAACAUGGAAAGGAAGCUAGCUAUAAAUAUUGAAUGUCAUACCCCGUUCCUCAUUUGUCUUUCAUAAUGUUACGAUUGUAUCUGGCCAUGGGAGAAGAAUGUUGGUGGUUGUGUUAUUUUAAUCAUAAACUCGUAUGAUUUAUCUUUGUAUUUUUGAUUUUUUUCCUAAUUUGCUCAAUUGUUUGCAUGACAUAAGAGGCCUCUAUUAAAAAAAAUUGCUG